GACAUGGGCGAGCGAAUCCUGGCCCUGACGAUGCUGAUCCUCCUGUUGCCCUCGUCCCACCGAGACACCCUCCACGCCGUCCUCGAGCUGUGUGCCCGAGUGGUAGCCUUUGAGGACGAGAACAAGAUGACCCUCUACAACAUCGCCAUGAUCGUGGCGCCCAACCUCUUCCUGCCCAGCAACCAGCGCCAAACUAAACCUUAGGAGCGAGGACAAGGAGCAGCAGCUGAACUACGAGAUGACCUACGCGAACGUGACGACUCAGUUGACCCAAAUGAUGAUCAAGUACAGGGAUGUUCUGUGGACAGUUCCCCAACGGCUUGUGUCGCAGAUCCGCCGUAUAUACCAAGCAGAGGCCCUCAAGCAGAGUAACUACACGCCUAUGAGGAGACUGCUGACUCGCAAGAGCAAAGAGACUAUCCAGCGGCCCAUCGAGAACGAGGUGGACUACCAGGAGGGGGUCCUCAGGGUGUCUGCCCCCCAGUUCAACAAGUGCAAUUACCCAGUUAAGCUCGAUCCCUUGAUGACUGCCAAAGACUUACUGACAAGAUUCAUCGAGGAACUGACCGUCCUUCCCGAGAACCCCCGUCGCGUGGAGGGCCGGAGAGAACAGCAGUACAAGCGAGGGAGCGGAGGCAACGGAUCCCCUCCUUCGACCGCCCCCUCGAGCGUCUCCUCGCCCCAGUUCUACGCCUGCCUCCUGACGGGCUCGCUGAAGAAGGCCGUAGAGCAACACGCCCUCCAUGAGAGAGGAGGGAACAUAGGCGACCGCCGUUUGGACUCGAAAGCAAAGCUCCUCACCAUAUACCAGGACAACCCCAAUGCAGAAUUCCUCGUCAAGUGCCACCACCACGGAGGGCAGACGUCUAGAAGAAAUUCGUAGAGGAGAGGACAUCUUGGUUAGACUUCCUCGACAUUAGAUUCUUCCGAGAAAAAGAAGGGAGAGGGAAGGAAUUAUAUGAGUGGUUUUAUUGUUUUUUUCCCUCCCUCUCUUUUGGAAGCUAGUAACUUGUCCAAAUACUCAAGGAUAUUUUUGGUGUGCAUAAGAUAUCCUUAAUCUGUGGUUUGGCGACGGACGCGGGGUUAUGUUUUUCGUGUUUGUCAAGAAGAAAGAGGAGGUUAUGUUUUCAUCCUAUAUAAUCAUCUAGUUUAAGCCCAAGGCAUUGUUUCAAAGAUUGAUACGUGUAUGAUAAGGGAGCGUAAGUCUUUAAAAAAAAUGAAUGACAAAACCUGGGUUAUUCUGUAGUACGCAUUUUCUUCGUGUUCACUUUCCUUUCAUGGUAUUUUCUUUGUAAAUUCCUCGGAUGGUCAUAAAAAAUAAAUUCAUGAUCACCAAUUUUAUUCGUAUGCUGAUUAAGGUCAACAAUGUUUGAUCGACAUGACCAAACAGUGCUUCAGAAUGAUUAAGAAAACCUAUUAAGACUUUUAAAUGUAAGUUAGAAGAGUGUGCAAGAGAUAAGUAAUGUACAGUGUUAAGUGUGGAGUUAAAUGUGAGUCUUUGUGACUGUAUGAUAUCUCAGGUAAGAGCGCGGACGGCUGAAACGUCACAGUCAUUGUCUUGUAGAGAAAAUGUUGGGUGCCUGAAACAGUUCAUUACCUUUUAGACUGUACUUAAGUGGAAUUAAGUAACAUUGUCUUUAAGUCGUUGUAGAGGAUAUUAACCUGUAUCAAAUCAAUAAGUACCCUUUUUAUGCUUUAAGAAUAGUAUUUUCACAGAAGGAUUCGCCUUAAUUUCCCCGACUACUAGUCAGAUUUCUAUAAUGUAAAAUCACUGCGGUUUCUGCAGAUGACUGUAUAUUAACACGAGGAAGAAUUAUACUCACUGGUAGUACUCUUACAAGUCUUGAAUAUGUGGGGGUGUAUGUGCAUUAUGGUAAAGAGUGAAUAUGUGUAUAUAAUAAUAUUGUCUGAAUGAUUUGUUGUACUUCUGGAUGGAAGGACAUUUUAUUCUAUGAUUUGUUGAUGUACAGUUUUAAAGGUUUACAAUUUUGCAGUUGGACGAUAUUCGUGGUUUGCUAUAUUUAUGCUCAACAGUAAGAGAAUUUUAUUGUAGCUUGCUUUGCUACAAAAUGAAGAAUACUGUAGUAUAUGUAUACCCAAUGUAUAUACAUAUAUAAAUGGUACCGUUAUCUGGCGUGGACCAAUAAUCACAUUGGUUCUAGUUUGAAAAGACAACUGAUUCUGUUUUGUCUGGAACAGCAGUUGAUAUAUAUUUUUUGUUUUAAAUGCGUGUGUGGUGUUAGCGCCUCUUUGAAGAAAGUAUGGAGAUAAUGUACGGGUGAAUUGAACGCUACAGCAAAAAGUCAUUCUUAUUAUGAUAAGUCAGUCUUCUGUCUGUUAUUGCCAGCAUUUCCACAUGCUUAAACAGUGUUCAGGUAAUUACAGAAUGCACAUAAGAUUGCAAAAAAUACAUAAUUCUGUUUACCCCCUUGUGUUCUUUGCAAGCCUGUCUUUAACUGGUCAGUAUGAUAUAAGUUUUUUCUG